AUGGUCUGGGCACACGCAGCGCUGGCAGAGGAAGCUGCGGACGCCAUAGAGGAGGACGAGGACGAGGGCCGCAACGACGCAGGCGCCUCGGGCCGCCCCCGCGCUGCCCGCGGUUCCGCCGCCGCCGCCGCCGCCGCCGCCCCGCGCGGCCCGAGCGCCGCGGCGGUCUCCGACCUCGUCGCCCGGCGCGGCGCGUUCGUGCGCGCGCUCGAGGCCAUCCUGGACGCCCCGGCGCCGGCAGCCGUCGAUGACGUCAUCGACGGCGGCCAGGCUGCCAAUGCCAAGCGCGAGUGGGAGGAGCUGCGUGACCAGGCGUUCUGCGGCCUGGUGGACCUGGCCGCGUUCUCCAACGGCCCGGGGCUGGCGCAGGUGGCGGGCGCGGGGCUGGCGGUGUCGGCCGCGACUGCGGGGCGGCUGUGGGGCCACGUGGAGGCACUGCUGGAUGAGGAGGAGGAGGAGGAGGAGCAGGAGGACGGCGGGGACGGGUGGGAGGACGGCGACGAGGACGCCGGCGCCCGCCGAGCCCCGGCGGCGGCUGCCGCUCGCCGCUCCGCCGCGGUGCGCCUGGCGGCGCGACGCGCUCAGUGCACGGCGCUGCUGGGGCGGCUGCUGCUGGCGGGGUGCCUGCCACGUGACCAGGACGAGUGGCUGGGCGCGCGGCUGGUGGGGCUGCUGGCGGAUGGCACGCACCCCCAGGUCCAGGAGGUGGCGCGUGGCGUGUGCCGUGAGCUGCGCCGCCACCGCCCCGGCUUCCUCCCGCACCUCUACCUCUCAGCCCUCAAGACGGCCUGGGAGCAGGUGGAGGACUCGUCAGACCCGGAGGGCGCCAUGGGGCCCUUUGAGGGCCUGGCCGCGGCGGUGUCCAGCAUGUACAAUGGUGUGUGUAGGAGGGGGCAAGGGCUCUUCUGA